CCGGCUGCUGAUGUACUUCUUCCCACGGCAGUUCCUGAUCCGCCACUUCUGGACGCCACGGCAGCAGCAGGAGUUUGGUGAGCAGAACCACGCCGCCCGCCGUGCCGCUUACCCCGCCGUGCUGAGCAGCCUGGCCGCGGCCACACACUCCCUGCCCGAGCCCCGGCUGCAGCACCGCCUGCAGGAGCUCUGUGCUGAGGUGCAGCGUGGCCGCCAUCCCCGCGUGGCCGAGCUCUGCGCUGUGCGGGCGCUGUUCUCGGGGCCGGCCCUGUGCCUGGGCGAGCUGCGGGCGGCCCACCUGCGGGCGCUGAGCCGGGUGCUGUUCCUGACGCCGCUGCUCCCCGCCGUCCUCCUGCGGUGCCGCCUGCGCUCCCACCUCCUGGAGAUCCGGCACCUGGACCGCGCGCUGGCGCACCUGGGCCUGGCGCAGCUCUCCGAGGAGGAGCUGAGAGCGGCGUGCUACCUGCGGGGGCUGAACCCCACACACCUGAGCGCGGCGCAGUGCAGAGCGUGGCUGGAGCAGUGGCUGGAGCUGUCCUGCGCGCUGCAAGCCUGCGAGGUGUCCCUGCUGGCCAACAGCAUGGUGCUGCUGUCCCUCAACUACACCGGAGCCGAGCAGUGAGCCGGCGCUGACCCCUUCGCUGCGGCACCGCGCACUCUGUGCCCCCCACCCUGCUGGGGGGGCUUUGCAGCAGCGCUCUGCAGGGGCAGGACCAAGCCUGGAGGCACCAAGGAUGGGUGAACGUUGGCCCUGCAUCCCUGUGUCCCGUCAGGGCAAUGCCACUUGGCUCUGUCCAUUCCCCCGCAGCCACUGUAGCACUUUACAUGUAUAUAUGGGGGAACAGGUGUCCCCGUGACCCUACAACUCCCCCCCCCCCCAGGGACCCAGCUCAGCUCUGCUUGUCGCUGCUCCCCACAGAGGGUUGGACUGGGGAGGGGUCCCCACGGAUCUAUGGGGUCACCCCUGCCACAUGCCCCACUGCGGUGGGGGGAUGUACAGAAAUCCCCACUUAAAGAUGCAGAGUCCACUGAGCGCUGAUGGUGUUGAGUUCCAUGUCAGUGUCAUUGAGUUUUGACCCAGUGUCACUGAAUUCUACGUUGCUGUCAUCGAGUUCUGUUGUGCUGGCACUGAAACUUGAUGUCAUUGAGUUCUGCAUUGGUGCUGAGUUUUGAUGUCAUGGAGUUCUGCAUUUGUGUUGUUGAGUUCUGCAUUGGUGUCACUGAGUUUUGACUUGAUGUCAUGGAGUUCUGCAUUGGUGUCAUCGAGUUCAGCAUUGGUGUCAUUGAGUUUUGACCUGACGUCAUCGAGUUCAGCAUUGGUGUCAUUGAGUUCUGUGUUGGUGUCGUUGAGUUUUUGACUUGACGUCAUUGAGUUUUGCAUUCACGUCAUUGAGUUUGGACCCAAUGUCAUUGAGUUCUGCAUUGGCAUCGUUGAGUUCUGCCUUGGUGUCAUUGAGUUCUGCAUUGAUGCAGUUGAAUUUUAACUUGAUGUCAUUGAAUUCUGCAUUGGCACCGUUGAGUUUUGACUUAAUGUCACUGAGUUCUGUGGUGGUGUUGAGUUUCAAGGUGAUGUCAUCGAGUUCUGUGUUGGUGUCAUCGAGUUUUUGACUUGACGUCAUUGAGUUCUGCAUUCACGUCAUUGAGUUUGGACCCAAUGUCAUUGAGUUCUGCAGUGGCAUUGUUGAGUUCUGCAUUUGU